AGCCGGAUUGGUAAACAACAAAGAUGGCGGCGACAGGACAGCAGUGAGGAGCUGUCAUGUGUGUACCAAGCUUGUCUGGCCGUUGCUGUACUUAAAUCAACAUUCAGCAGGACAGUGUGUGAUUCUGACCUGCUGCAGGUUCGACAAGCAGCUACUGACACACUGCACCGCCUGCUGGAGAUUCGUGGGCCGCUGCCAUACUGCUGCUGCUGUUGCUGUUAGGAGAGUGUUGCGUGAGGGAGGGAAGGAAAAGAGGAAGCGUAGGAUUCAGUCACGUAGGAUUACCACGGUGCUCUGGCCUGCUGCUGUGAAGGAGGCGGGGAAGGAAGGGGAUAACGAAGUGAAGGAGGCAAGAAGGAAGGAGAUCAGGAAGUGAAAUCAAGGAGGGGUGGAGAUACGAAGUGAAGGAAGGAAAUAAGUGAAGAAAUCAAGAAGGAAGGAAGUAGAUAAGUAAGUACUGGAGGCGAGAAGGAAGGAAGUAGACAAGUGAGUGAAGGAGGCGAGAAGGGAGGAGCCAUGCCACCCAAAAGGAACAUCUCGGCGGAGGACAUCGAUGACGCUGACAAUGAGGAGGUGGAGCGGCUGAUCAGCAGCACUGAGGACGGAGGAGACGAUGACGACUUCUUCCUCAAGGGACCAACAGGCAAGAAGACGGUGCGGUUUGCGUCAGACAAGUUGAAAGAUGUGAGGGUGCAGAUAGCAGAGGUGACGGAUGUGAUGAGGGACAACGUGGGUCGGUUGCUGGAGAGAGGUGACCAGCUAGACCACUUGCAGGACCGCUCCGAGGGCCUGGCCACCACCUCUGACCAGUUCCGCUCAUCUGCUACCCGCCUCCGCCGUCGUGCCUGGUGGGAGAACACGCGCAGCCGUCUGUGUGUGGCAGGCGUGGCUGUCCUGCUCUUCCUCUUGAUAUUCAUUCCUGUCAUAAUCAAAACGACUUCGUAGAGGAGCUGCUGCAUCUAUACCAUCAUUGCUGCUACUACUACUAUAAUAAUACCACUGCUAUUAAAUCAAAAGCAUGGACUAGCCUACAAUAACUGGCUGGUCUUGUCGUAUCUCCCUUUUAAAUGCACUGGUAUGUCUCUCUGUUCUUUUUUAAUGUUUGUGGGGAGUUACAUAACUCCUCAUCCAGGCUUCACCUCACUUGUGUGUUUGUGUAGCAGAAUCACACCAUUGUCUCACCCACCAGGCACCUCAGGGAAAGUGGCACCUUGUUUGAUUGACUUGAUGUAUGCCAGCUUCUCUCCUCUGUCCCUCCUCCUCUCUUUAUAUAUCUUUUCCCUCUGAGAUGGCAUCAUGCAUCUCAUCAGUCAGUCAGUCUAUCUAUCUGACACUUGCUCAUCAUCAGGGGUGUGUCAAGUCAAAGGUAAUGGUCUAACAGCUUAGCUUGGCCCCUUGAGAGUAUGUCAUUGGUGUUCAGAAUAUAUGAGAGUAAGGCUUGACUCCAGUUUUACAAGGAACAGUAAGACAGGUCAUCUCUGUGGGAUGUGUUUGUAUCAUGCAGCCAUCAGUAAUGUUAUCUGGAGUGGUGGUGAAGAUCAAACAUUUAGGGUUUAUUUGAUGGUGCAUUGCUUUCAUGAACUUUCAUUUAUUGCAGAUCAAGUCCUCUUGGGUAUACUUGGUGCCUGGCAUGGGUUUUUUUUUUGGAGGAUAAAAGAAUUUUAUUAGUACUCAAUUUCCACCAAUAGGACCUGAUAAUUAUGAGAGUUUGGUGUGUUAUCUAUGUACACAAACCUUUGCUUUAAAUGAUGGUACUAAUCAAACUUAAAGGGUAUACUUGGUGCCUGGUAUGCAAUCAGUUCACAGGAGCUGAGGAGUCAUUAGGAGUUCAUGUAGCAGUCAGUCCCUCAUGUCACCAGUUACUUUCAAGGUUAGUGAUUCAAACCCCUGGUUUGUUUUGAGCUUUUUUGGGGGCUUAUGAAUUGUUAGAUUAAAUUGCAGCUUGGUGUGUGACUUUGCAGUUAUUUUAUUCAUAUGGUCAUGUGUGGGAUUCAUAGCAUGGUGAUAAUUAUUCUUUAUUGUAACCAAGGAUUGUUUUUUGCAUAUUAUAUUUUUAUUUGCACUGAUUUUUAUACUUAUAAUUAAUAGAUGUGUGUAAUAGAUGUGUGUAUCUGAAUAUGGAUAUUGACCUGAUGAAGGGUGAAACUGUUGCCACACAGGAACACUUACCACCUUCUGUUUGUUUAGGUGUUUGUAUGACAUUUUUCAAAUUUUCCUAUAGUUACUGCUACUAAAAAUUGUUAGUACAUAAUUUAUUUCCUAAUGUGAAAGAUGCAUCACUUUUUUUUCUUUUUAACUGCCACCCCAUUUGUUUGGUAGAAAGCCAGUUGCAAAAAGAAAAAAAAAUGUAUGAAAAAGCCUGGUUUACAGAAGAAGUGCAGCAUGAAAAGCUGUAGUGGAAGAGUUGGGCAUGUAAAAAAGUGUAUGAGAAAGGGAACUCAGGUCAACACUUCUUCCUUGACCAACGAGAGCUUUGUCCCAUAAAUCUGAGUAAUUCAAGCUUAAAAAUCAGACUACAAUUGUGUCAUGGUAUUGGAUUUAUUUGUAGGCUAGAAGUGUGUAUCUGUGCUGGUGGGAAAUACUAUGUAGCAUUUCAUUCAUAACUCUAGGUUUAAGAAACUGAGAAAGUUACCAUUCCUGGGUGAUUUAAUAUAUUGCUAUAGGUGAUUUAUUGGUAGUGGGGAUGUGAUAGUCAUUAGUAAUGUAAGUGUCACCUUCAGUACAUACAUUCACAUACAGUAAGUGACACAGGUCAGACUCAGAAUUGACUUCAUGUCCUGUCAUUGCAAGAAGUGAUGCCACUAAUUCCAGUGAAUAGAAACAAAUACAUGAACUGUUUUAUACUAAGACCUUAAUCCUUUCACUGCUAGAUCAACUUUUCCCCAUAAUCAUAAUCUUCCAGUCACUUAUUUUUUGCAUUUCUGUCAUUUCUGUUCUGUAACCUAAAAAAAAUAAAUAGAUCAAUUAUUAAUUGAUAAAAAAAAAUACAAAAUUGCCUUCCUGUUGUUUAUUUUUUGUGACUUUACACAUAUUCUGAAUGUUAGCAAGGAACAACCACAGCAGUGAAAGAGUUAAGAUGGAGAGGAACUGGUGGUGUGAUGGGUGGAGGGUAGCCAGCAUUCUCUUGCCAAUUUUUUGUCCAAAACAUUUUGCACAGUAUGAUAUUAUUACUGAAUUGGCUCACAGGCACUUGUUUGUAAGGCCUUUGAGUGAGUUAGUCAAUGGAGUAAAUUGCUCUCAAACAUUCUUGUGUCAUGGCAUAGAGGAGUUUGUUGUGUGUUUCCCAUCCCACCCACUUUCUCCAUGCAGCCUUCCACAUCAGUCCACACUCCUGUCCCACCUUUACUUUCUUCCACACUUAUUCUUUCUCCAUAUUUCUUCCUUUCCUUUCCCUUUUCACACUCCUAUGUUUCCUAUCCCACACUUUUUCAUUUUCUGUAUUUCUUCCUUUCCUUUCCUUUUCCACAUAACUAUCACACCUUUCCUUUCUUCCACACUUUAUUUUGUUUUUUCUUUUCUUUCCUUCACCUCAUUCCUUCUUUACCACACAGUUAUCCAUCACACUGUGUGUGUGUGUGUGUGUGUGUGUGUGUGUGUAUAUACUGGUGGUGAUGUCAGGUCAGAAUAUUCUAUUCAUGGUGUAGAUACAAAAAAUCCCAUGUUUCUCUUUCUUGCUCUCUUUCUCUUCAUUUUUUGUACCCUUGGCUGGCCCCCUCUUUGCAUUAGAAGAUUAAGUUACAUGAGAGAAAGAGAGAGAGAGAGAGAGAGAGAGAGAGAGAGAGAGAGAGAGAGAGAGAGAGAGAGAGAGAGAGAGAAACUAUAAGAUAUGAAAAGGUACAGGUUUCACCAAUGUUCCAUCCCUGUAAUGGCUGUCAGAGAUAAAGAUGGAGAACUGUAAGAGAUGAAAAUGUUAGGUAAUAAUUGUGCUGUGUUCAUAAGAGCUGUCAGUGAUCAAGGUGUAAGUGAUGUAGCUUUGAUUUUUUUUAAGAAAGGAGGAAUAGAAGAGUUAGAAAAAAGUUAAAUUCAAGAAUUAAUGAACGUGUACUGUUAAAAUACAAAAUGUAAAGGUAAUAAUUGUGUGGUGUGCUCAUUGUAGCUGUCAGUGGUAAAGGACUUGGUGGUGUUUUUUUGACUUUUUUUUAAGAAAGGAGGAACAGAAGAGUUAGAGAAGUUAAAUUCAAGUAUUAAUGAACCAUUUGUUAAAACACAUCCUGUUGUGUAUCAGUCUUAUAGCCAGAAUUUUGUAUUUUCCAGCAGUGUCAGAUUAAGUUUUAGUUGUGGUGCUUCUGUGGUUUGUGCGUGUAGUGUGCAAGAUGGCAAGUGUCUCCUGGGAGUGGGGAGACUUCCUGUGCCAUGAGCCAUGAGGAAUUCAAUCAUGUAUACAAGAUUGCUUAUGGAAUUGUUUACUUACUUUUCAUAAUGUUCUUAGCAUUUACAUGUUUAUAUUUUAUUUUUAUAUGCAGUGAUAAUUAUAUUCCAUAAGGAACAAUAGUAAAUUUGAAGAUGUUUUAUUGAUGUAAGAAAAUUAUGUCAUCUUCAGGUUUAUUGUUGUUCUGGAGCAUCAGAUGAGUUGUGUGUGUGUGUGUGUGUGUGUGUGUGUGCAGGAUUUGUUCACUGAUGCUGUGAACAGAGUAUAGUUGUGCGAAGCAAUGUUCCUGCCUUUGUUAUGUGUUUACUCAGAGGAACUUAUAACACAGGAAUAGAUUGCUGGAUAAGUGUGUGUGUGUGUGUGUGUGUGUGUGUGUGUCAGUAUAUUUGUGUGCUAUUACGAACAAAACUGUGUUACCGCAACCAAAGUAAUGAAACAAAACAAAAAAAAGUGGCAACUGAGCCAAAUUUACAAAAAAGUAAGAUUUUUCCACACAUUUUAUGCAGAUUUCAAGUGCAAGUUGUUAGUGAUUCCUGCUUUUGUGUUGUUUUGUAAUACCUCUGCACACUGUAGGUAUGAACACACUCAGAAUGACACAUUGUUUUUCCAGUAGUCUAUUGCACUCAUUCACCUCACUUACCGUCAGUCCAUCACCCACAGUGUUAUGCAGUUCAGUGUCUUAUCAUAGACAUCGGCAGAAAAUCCUUUGAGUGUUGCCUCCUUAUCUUUUGCUAUAUUCAUCUUUCCUCCCUCUUUGAGUUCCCCUCUUUCUCUCAACUUGUAAUAAUUACAUUUCUUCACAUUAAUGACCUCCACUUAAUCUAACAUUUUUUUCCAAAACUUUCUUUCUCUGGUAUCUCUCUCUCUUAGUAGUGCCAUGACCUUUGUACGUAAUCUGGUACACACACUUAGUGGCGUUUCAGUCAGUCCCCAUAGAUUGAUUGAUUUAAUUUCUUUCUGUGAAAAGCAAGAACCACAUUUUGUUUAUAUAUUGUAUUACCCUUUGUAUAAUCUUGUAACCAAACUGUUAAAUUCUUCCGUCUUCCAUGCACUGGUUAAGAUUUUUAAGAUGCAAUUUUCAGUUGUCAUUGAAGUACAGGAGAGCAUUCAAAAUACUUGCCGUUAGUGAUCAGUAUUUCUUAAUCAAAAGAACUGGCAAGUCAUUAAUGAAUAUGCAUAAAAAACAGUAACAACCUCAGGAUAAAUUUUGUAACUUUAAAAAUGUGGACUGAAAUGGUCAUUAUGGUCAUUCUUUCAAGCCAUUUGUUGGCAAAAAUGUCAUCUUUCCUCCCCAGAUAGACCUGCCUUGUGUUUGAAGGGUAUUGCCAGAAAGGUAACUUGUCUGGUGAAGUCAUGUUGCUGAUAAGACCUGACACAAGUGCUGCACUUCCCUGCACUGCACACUGCUGACACUUUACUUGCACAGUACUGUUUGAUGUGAACCAUCUUGAGGUAAUGAUCAUUUGUAGUGCUGCACAUCACACUUCAUUGCUGCAGUCUUGUUUUUGCCACCUGACACCUGAUCAGCAGGACCUGUAGCCAAGCCUCCACUCUUUGGCUGAGAAUCUGAUCAGUUCACCUGGUAUGUUCAAGUAGAGAGCUGUCCAUGUAUUUGUAAUGUAUAAAUCUAUCAAGACUUCAUUUACCAAUAUCUGUGGUAGUGUGCAAGUUGUCUUCUGCAGUCAUUAGAAUUACAGAAAACAGUGGUAAUUUAUUUAUUUAUUCUUGCAUGUCAGGAGAUUGGCAAAGGAGAGAGAAACAGCUUGCCACUCCCCAAAAAGUCAGAGGUAAGAGAUUGUUCAUGUUACUUUUUGAAGUCUUGAUAUACAUGUAAUGGUGUAAUAGUGAAUAAGUUUUAUUUCAGAUGCCUUGCAUUUGAAAUAUGUACAUGAAGUAUGUUACAUGUCUGUUCACAUUUGUCAUUGUAACAUCCUCUAUAAAGUGAUACUAUUGAAAUAGUAUGUUAGACUAUGAAAAAAAAAAACGGGUUGUUCAUUAACAGUAAGAGCAAAUUAAUACAAAUCAAUGGACUGCUCAGUAACAUUCAGUUUGUUGAUCAGUUGCUUGGCCAGGAGUUAAGGGGAGUGCGACAGUGAAGUGUCCGUGUUAGGCUAGUGAUAAGUGAUUAUGGAUAGUGGUACUCAUACUUACGUUGGUGUAGAAUAUAUUAUUUACUAUUUGUGUGCUGGAUUCUGCUUGUAGGGGCAGUGAUAGUGUUAAAUGGUAAUUCUAGCUACUAGUGUUUCUGUGUGUAUGUGAAAUGACCUUGGCCUGUAUUCCUAAAUGUUCAGGUGCUUUACCUCAGCUGUUUUUAAUAGGCUAUAGAGAAUCCUUUUCUGAUUUUCAGAGGUGUUUGUUUGUAUGGUUCUGAUGAUUUUGUACCAUUAGUAUGAAAACGCCUUUGAUUCCCUGAGUAAUCAUCUCUGAAGCCUCUGAAAAAAGUCCUUUGGAGAGCCCUUGCAUAUAAGAAUAGGAGCCUUUGUCACCACACUGACUUAAUUCGUGUGUUCAGAACCUACCUGUUUUUUUCUAAAUCACCAAAGAAAUGUUGCCCAAAGUUGCUAGAAUCCUUGAGUCAAAACUGUUUCUCUUUUUCUCUCUUUUUCUAAGAUCUUAUGUUCCAGAGCCAUAGCAAAGAGAGUCCAUGGUGAGUGAGUGAUCUGGAGACAUACUGUGGGCUGAGAUAAGAUAAGAUGAGAGAGAGAGAGAGAGAGAGAGAGAGAGAGAGAGAGAGAGAGAGAGAGAGAGAGAGAGAGAGAGAGAGAGAGAGAGAGAGAGAGAGAGAGAGAGAGAGAGAAAUUUAAUUUUCUAUGACAAUUGCUUAUCCAUUUUCUGUAAGAGAGAGAAAUUUCAUUUUCUAUGACAAUUGCUUAUCCAUUUUCUGUGAGAGAGAGAGAGAGAGAGAGACCUGUUGUUAUCAUACUGUGGGCUGUGGUGAGAUGAGAUGAAAUGAGAGAGAGAGAGAGAGAGAGAGAGAGAGAGAGAGAGAGAGAGAGACCUAUUAUUAUCAAGGAGUUGUGGUGAGUGACUGUGAUUCAUAAACAUACUGUGAUGAGAGAGAGAGAGAGAGAGAGAGAGAGAGAGAGAGAGAGAGAGAGAGAGAGAGAGAGAGAGAGAGAGAGAGAGAGAGAGAGAGAGAGAG